GAGGAGGAGGGGGACCAACGAAGGAGGAGGGGGACCAACCAAUGGAAGAACAGCAGAUGCAGCUGAGGACACACAUGCAGUACCCUUUUGAGAGGCAGAUGCAGACUCGGCUGCAGAUGAAGAUGCAGCUGCAGAAAAGAAGCGGGCUGCCAGCGUACCUGCGCCAGUGCCUCAAACCACAGAAUGGUGACGAUGAAGUCCACGCUAAGUUUGGUGAGCUGUUGAGCGAGCUCAACAAGGAGGACGCUCCGUAUGCGCUCAGUGUUGCCAACAGGCUGUAUGGAGAGAAGUCCUACAGAUUUAAUAAGGAAUACAUAGCAGACACAAAAAAACACUACAGCGCUGAGCUGAAGUCUGUGGACUUCAAAAAGAAGGCAGAGGAAGCCCGGGUCCACAUCAACGACUGGGUGGAGAAGAACACACAAGGUAAAAUCAAGGACCUGCUGGCUGAGGGUGCAGUGGACGACUCGACCCGGCUGGCGCUGAUCAACGCCGUCUACUUCAAGGGAACAUGGGACCAACAGUUCAAGGAGCAGGACACUGUGGAGUAUCAGUUUAGAGUAAAUAAGAACGACACCAAACCGGUGAAGAUGAUGCAACAGAAGAGCAAAUUUGCUCACAGGUCCAUUCCUGAGAUCAACAUCAAGGUUCUAGAGAUGCCCUACAAAGGGGAGGACCUCAGUAUGAUCAUCUUCCUGCCCCAUGAUAUCGAGGACGACAGCACAGGCCUGGAGAAUCUGGAGACGGAGCUGACCCAUCAGAAGUUUGUGGAUUGGUCUCGUCCGGACAUGAUGGAUCAGGGUACGGUGGAGGUGAAACUUCCUCGAUUCAAGCUGGAGGAGACGUACGAACUGAACAACGUCCUGAAGAAGAUGGGCAUGUUGGACGCUUUCGAUGUCUCCAUGAGCGACUUCUCUGGCAUGUCUCUAGCCAAUGACCUGUUCCUGUCCAAGGUCGUCCACAAGGCGUUUGUGGACGUGAACGAGGAGGGGACAGAGGCAGCUGCAGCCACUGGUGCCGUCUUAGGGAUACGCUCUGUCGACAUCCCUUUCACCUUCAUCGCUGAUCACCCCUUCCUCUUCUUCAUCAAACACAUCCCCACCAAGACCACCCUCUUUGCAGGUCGAUACUGCAGCCCGGAGUGAACCCGGCUGGAGGUCCUGCAGACACGGAGGGAUGUGAGGGACUAAAAGACGUGUGGGUUGUGUCUCUUCUCUUGUUUUCUGUUUAUUUUCGGUUGCUCUUUGUUCUUCAAUAUUUGCAUGUGUCUCCUUGUAGUUUUGUGUCUCUUGUAGUUGUUUCCAGCCUCUUUAAAGUUUGAUUGACUUCAACAAAAAAAAUCACUUAUGAAAACGCUCUGGGAUCUGGGCCCCCUGACCCCCUGCUCAGUAGUCCGUCCAUGCCUGCAGACCGUCGUUAUUCAACCGGGGGUGAGAUACAUCUACUGUAGCUGAGAGGGUAAUCAUGUUUUCUUGGACACAAUAGAUCCCCCCUGACUGUGGGCGUGCACUCCUGUAUUUCUCCUCUGCGUUGAUUUGAAAAGAGUGAUGAAUCAGUAAGGUUGAAUCCUGUUUAAAUCUUUUGCAUGGAAGCAUUUUGCACAAGUGAUUUUCUUGAUGUGAUGUGGUUUAAGAAAAACGGCACAUACAUUGUAUUUUUCUUGCUUCUACUUCAACCAUGUACAUCAGUCCUCUGUACUCAGUGUCACACAGGUUUUCUCAUGGGCAUCCUGAACAACUCCUCUUUAUCUGGGAUUAACGUCCUGCACACUGCGCCCUCACAUCCCACUCCAAUUAAACAUUUUGCAAUAGUUAA